AACGUAGAGUCUCUGCUCGCAACGUCAACCGGCCAGAAAGCUUUAGACUAUGCCAUCCAGGCGGCCGAGCUGUAUAUGCGAGCAGCCGCUGAGAAGGGCAUCAGUAAAGAAGAAGCAGCUCGGUUUCGCCGCAGAUGUCAGCAGCUCAUCAAAUUCGCCGAACAGCUCAAAGCUCAGGCACCGGCCUCUUCGCCGUCACCGGUGAAGAAUGGCCUGGGUCUCUUGCAGGGCGCUUCACGACUUCACGGCAACUUUUACCCGCCUUGGAGUGAAGAUCCUCCGGGUGCUGAGUUUCAACUCGGGCCUGACUUGAAACCAUAUAUUGAUGCUACCGUCUUUCCACUUUCUGAAGAUCAAGUGGCCAAUUUUCUAGCAUGGCACAGGCCGCAUGAGCUAUUUGGUCCCCUUUCUACCAAUCAAGAUGAUAGUCUUAUGACCCAGAGCACGCAGCUCGACUUGGUGCAGGACAUUACUACUGAUUGCUCAGUCGUUGCCAGCCUUUCUGCCGCUGCAAAGAUUUGGACCGGGAAACAUGCAGUUCUCUCUACGAUCAUGCAUCCAUUUGACCACGAAAGGGGACAGCCCAAACUGUCUCCCUCUGGGAAAUACAUCUUCCGGCUAAAUUUCAACGGCUGUGCUCGUCGAGUCACGAUAGAUGAUCGACUGCCAGCUUCUGGUACGGACCGGGCCCUCUUUGUUAUCAAUCGACACAACCCUUGUCUGCUAUGGCCGGCGCUGCUCGAGAAGGCCUAUCUCAAAGUAAGAGGAGGCUACGACUUUCCAGGUAGCAAUUCGGGAACUGAUCUCUGGGUUCUCACCGGUUGGAUACCAGAACAGUUAUUCCUCCAGAGGGAAGCCUUUGACAUAGACGAGACGUGGGACAGAAUCAAAACAGCUUAUGAAAUGGAGAAUGUCAUCAUUACUCUUGGCACUGGCCACAUCUCUGCCGAAGAAGGAGACAUCAUGGGUCUCAUAGGGGAGCACGAUUAUGCUGUGCAAGAUGUUGAUUCGUCGAGUCGCAAAUUCCUAGUUAAAAACCCUUGGAGGCCCAGGUUUGAUACACCCUCUUCAUCCGAAAUGGAUAGUGGCAAUGCCAGUUCACCGUCGGCGGGUACCUUUUGGCUGUCUAUUGAAGAUAUCGCUCAGCAUUUCGAGUCCAUGUAUCUCAAUUGGAACCCGGCCCUAUUUACCCAUCGUCAAGACCGCCAUUUUGCUUGGGACAUUCCCACUAAAGAUUUUGCGGCAUCUUUGGUGCGGAAUCCGCAAUUCUCAAUCACUUCGCAGGCCGGUGGAGUGGUAUGGAUCCUACUGAGCCGCCAUUUUGCAGAUGCCGAACUUGAGAUUGCUCGCAAUAAAUCUGGCUCUCUAGCAGCUGUGGCUAGCCAACUUGGGUUUAUGAGCAUUCUAGUCUUUGACAGACAAGGCCACAAAGUCCAGCUCAGCGAUGGACCAACCUACUCCGGGCCAUUGGUUGAUUCUCCGCAGACACUCGCGCGGAUUGAAAGCAGGGCUGGUAAAGCAUACACUGUUGUUAUCGAUCAACAGGACUUGGCUUUGGCCAGCUACACCUUUACGUUGUCUGUCUUUUCCAACGGACCCGUUGGUGUUGAAGAAGCCCAAGAGAAGAUGAGAUACUUUACAGAACAACAGGGCGCCUGGAAUAGACGAAACGCUGGAGGAAACUCGGGCUGUACUACUUAUUUUCUAAAUCCCCAGUAUAAACUGUCGGUCUCUCGCGCCACCCCUAUAUCCGCUCUACUAGCCACGAGCAAUAAAGACGUUCACGUACAUAUUGACCUGAUUUGGGCGCGAGGGAAACGUGCAAAUACAGUUAGGAGGAAAGACUUGGUCGUUUCGUCGGGGGAAUACCGUCGCGGUUGCGCCUCUUCUGAGCUUGAGAUGCUUGAAGCGGGCGACUAUACUCUGGUUUGCUCGACUUUUGAGGCACAGCAGACUGCUGAUUUUACAUUGCGAAUUGGCUCCAUGACGCCGGUUACUAUAGAGCCCAUACCGGCUGAUACUGCAGGAAAACUACGGACGCCUUUGCCAUCAUUCACUUUGAGAGGAGAGGGGCAGCGUUGGAUGGCAUCCCUUGAUGCGACUUGGGUAACUCGAGCUAUUGCCUCUUUCCAAAGCCCGAUUCCUUUGUCGGAAUCUUUGCAUUAUGAUACCCGAUCCCUACCAGCUUUGAUGGUCCGGAUCUCGAUCGUUGGUGGCGCAGACUCACAAACGCAUAUUCUGGUUGAAUCAAAGGGCGGUGCGGAAGACUCUGGAACAGUUAUUCGAACGCCUGAAUUCGAUAUUGAGUCGUCUAAUACGAGCCAUGGCCGCAUGUACCUGGUUGUUGAGAGCUUGUGGGAACAUCGGGCAGCCCAAGAGCUUUGCGGCGAUAUAUUUAGCGAUUCUCCCAUUCAAAUUGGUAAUUGGGAGGCCUUUUGAGAAUAUAUGAAAUUUCCUUGGCACCGAAGAACUGGCGGGCUAGAUGAAUGUUAUAGAUGUUUGGGACAAGCUCCAAGGUUAAAAAUAUAGCUUUAUGAUUAUGUUUGAUGUCAAAGGGGAGGAUAGCACACAGAGAUGCUCAUUACCAUAACAAGGGAUAAGCGUCAAUUCAUAUGCCUAAGAUUACAAGGCUUCCAAGCGUGUGCAGGUCCGUAUAGUACUAUAUAGCUAUAGAGAUAGCGUCUAUCAUACAAAACAUUAAUCAACUAGGAGCAAAAAGCAAAACAUACGGCAUCAGCUUUUUACUAAGGGCGCUACCAGUGUGGCAUUCUUUGCCAAACCCGCAGCUGAUGAAGCCGCGAUGGCUCCCCGUGCUCUUGAGAGGCUGAGUGACUUGGCGAGGUAUCGCAUAAACAGAACAUAAAGCAAUUCAACCCUAUUAAAAAAAAAAGUUAGCAUUGGACCUUGGGAAAAACAUUUAGCGAAUGCCCUUCAACGGAAUAAACGUACUUUUCCUUUGUCAUCAUCAAAAUGCCCUGGACGAGAAGACCUUUCAAGAUCUGGGGGCCCAUGCCCUUGAAGAGUCCGAGAACGCCUUCAUGCUCGAUUAUGAAGCGCAUCACCUCGAUGAAGCUGCCGAAUGGCUUUCCUUUUCUCGCAGGAGGUGGCUUUGACUGUAAGCCCACCUUGGCAACAAUGAGGGGCUGAGUGACGAUCGUUGCCAGAGCUUUAGACAUGGCUCCCAGAGCUAAGAUUGUUAGGAUACGCUAUAUGGAGCAAAGCAAUAACCUCGGUACUGGAGACUUACCGAAUGCCUCCCACGGCUGUAGCUUGGUCUUGCCGUGGAAAAAGACGUCCUUCAGCCGCUCGUAAGCUCCAUAUGUGAUGGCCGGGUUGACGACCAGGACAAGGCUAGCCUUGAGGCCCCUCCAAAGUCCACUGACACCAUCCGGACCCUCGAUGACUUCCUGAGCUGUGGCGAAGAGGCCCUUUCUAUCGGCCUUUGCCGCGGUUUGCUGGCGCGUCGUCACAACGGCAACGGGGAUCGUAAAGAGCUGCGCCAGGGCACCGGCCGCUGCGCCCAGAGAGAGCUCUAUCGCUGUCGAAGGCGCGCUCGCAGAAGGGCCCGCGGAUUUUGUGUAUAGCGCCCUGGCAACGGUGUACCAAUAGAAGUAUGCAAAGUUGGUGGAGGCCACGCCGACCAGCGAGCCGUUCAUACCGGCGUAUAGGCCCUGGAGGCCCUCUUCCGCCACGAUCCGCGAGAUGGCGUUCCAGGUCGACGUGUAGUGUACUUCAUCGGAAGAGCUGUCGCUUUUGUCGCCGGAAGGCUUCACUUGUACCUGUAGCCGAGUUUUGACGCUAUCGCAAGCAUGUAAGUUAGCGGGCGGUAGCGGAGACGGCACCGAACAACGACAAACACAACAAAACAACACAAAUUGAAAAGUGAAAAAAAAAAAAAAGGAAAAAGGAAAAAACUCACAUAUCCAGAGGAUACACCAAGGCAUUUGCUAUGACGGCUCCGGUUGCGCCGGCGACAGCACCGCCCCAUGGCGAAAUGGCAGGCUUGGACUGAGCCAUUGCGAUUUGCGACAAGAAAGGG